UUUAACUCUAAUGUCUUGUUGCAGGUGAAACCUGAUGAAGUUGGUAAUGCAGUGAAGUCUGCUAUUGACAUUGGUUAUCGUCAUAUUGAUACGGCAUGCCUGUAUAAUAAUGAAAAAGAAAUUGGAGAUGCCUUAAAAGAAGUACUUAGUGAUGGAAAAAUAAAAAGAGAAGAUCUGUUUAUUGUCACUAAGUUACUUGUUUUUCACAUGGCACCAGAAGUUGUACGUGGUGCAUUUAUGGAGUCUUUCAAAAAGUUACAGUUGGACUAUAUUGAUUUAUAUUUGAUUCAUUUUCCAGUUGCUAUACAGACGGAUGAGAAUGGUGUUAUGACAGACAGUGCUGGGAGGGCAGUACCCGCAGAUGUUGAUUUUCUUGACACAUACAGGGAAAUAGAAAAACUGGUAGAUGAUGGGUUAGUCAAGUCUAUUGGUGUCUCCAAUUUCAAUCACAAACAGUUGGAACGUGUUCUUGGUGUGGCUAAACACAAACCAGUGACCAAUCAGAUUGAAGCACAUCCGUAUUUUACCAGAACUAAAUUAAUUAAUUGGUGUCAUGAACGAAAUAUCAUUACCACAUGUUACAGUCCAUUAGGUUCAUUGGACAGGCCUUGGGCUAAAGAUGACGACCCCAAUUUGUUGAAGGACCAGGUUGUGAAGUCCAUUGCUAGCAAGCACAACAAAACACCAGCACAAGUAUUGCUAAGGUUUUGCAUUGAUCUUGGAUGUGCAGUGAUACCGAAAAGUGUAAAUCCAGGUAGAAUGAAAGAGAAUCUUGAGAUAUUUGAUUUCAAGUUAACUUCAGAAGAUAUCACAUCUCUGGAAUCUCUCAACCGUGAUUGGAUGAUGGCUGAUGAGUUUUUGAGCAA